CCACUUUCUUCACACAGCACAACCCCCUAAAAAGAGAGCUGAGGAGGGACAGGCUUCACGAGAGAUAAGCAGAGUUGGUCUCAGGAUGCCUGCAUAUGCCACCAACAUGAGGACAAAGUUCCCCAUCAUAGCCUUGAUUUUGGAGAUUAUCACCAUCAUCCUAUUUGCAGUAUUUGUCGUCUAUGAUGAUGGGGAACAUGGACACCAUGACUCACACGACACCCACAAUAACACUGGCCAUAAAUUGAAGCCUAUGGACCUCUACCCCAUGUUUCAGGACGUCCACGUCAUGAUCUUCAUCGGCUUCGGGUUCCUGAUGACAUUUCUCAAGAGAUACGGGUUCAGCAGCGUGGGCAUCAACUUGCUCCUGGCUGCCUUCGGCCUGCAGUGGGGCCUCCUCAUGCAGGGUAUCUGGCACCUGGAAGGGGGCAAGAUUAAAGUCAGCAUUUUGAAAAUAAUCAAUGCAGAUUUCAGCACAGCUACGGUCCUGAUUUCAUUCGGUGCCGUUCUGGGUAAAACCAGCCCUGUGCAGCUCCUCAUCAUGACCAUAUUGGAGAUCACCAUCUUUUCCGUCAAUGAGCAUCUGGUGGUUGGUCUCAUGAAAGCUAGUGAUGUUGGAGCAUCUAUGGUCAUCCAUGCUUACGGAGCCUACUUUGGCUUGGCAGUGGCUCGAGUACUUUACAGACCAGGUUUAAGAAAUGGACAUGAGAACAAUGGAUCUGUUUAUCACUCUGAUAUGUUUGCUAUGAUCGGAACCAUCUUCUUGUGGAUGUUCUGGCCCAGCUUUAACUCAGCCAUCGCUGAACCACCGUUGAGCUACACUCAGCUCACUGCAGUGAUCAACACCUACCUCUCCCUGGCCGCCUGCGUGCUCUCUGCCUAUGCCAUCUCCAGCCUGGUGGAACACAAAGGAAAACUGGACAUGGUGCACAUUCAGAACGCCACCUUGGCUGGUGGUGUUGCAGUGGGAACCUGUGCUGACAUGAGCAUCGGGCCAUUUGGAGCCAUGCUGAUUGGGCUCGUAGCUGGCAUUAUAUCCACCGUGGGAUUUAAAUACCUAAGUCCUAUACUGGAAUCCAACCUGGGUAUCCAGGAUACCUGCGGUGUCCACAAUCUGCAUGGCUUGCCUGGCAUCCUGGGCGGGCUGGCUGGAAUUGUGGCUGCAGCUUUGGGGAAAAAAGACAGUGCUAGCGCUACCAUGCAAGCUGCUGCCUUGGGUUCAUCCCUCGGGUUCGCUUUGGUUGGGGGUACUAUUACAGGUUUAAUAAUGAAGUUGCCUUUCUGGGGACAACCUCCAGACCAGAACUGCUUCGAUGACUCUAUUUACUGGGAGGUUCCUAAUGAGGAGGAAGAGAACGAGGAGAGCCUGGCUCACGGAGAUCAAUCAAAGCACAAAGCAGACGUUUAAACAAUUGCCCACGAUUUUGCCUUAGCUAUAAAUGAAGAAGUUUAAAAAAAAAGUCACAGUUCAGCUUCACCACAAGACCAAAUAUCAGUUUGUUGAUGCAGAAUUCGCUUAAACGUGGUGCUUAUUCCAUUUCUGAACUGCGAACCACGCACAGAGUUAUUUUCCAUCAUAGUAAAGUUUGAAUUUGUAUCGGAAAGAGCACUUAAACAUUUACGCAUAAAAGCUAAAAAAAAUAUAUAUAUAUAUGCAUGAUAAAAAAAUUAAAUUUGGUUAAAACUUCAGGGAUUUUUUUACACUUUGAUUUAUAUUCACGAACCACUCCACAGCUUCACUGCUGACACACUUGUAUAAGCUCUUUUUUUUUUCAAAUUUUGAUUUUAUAUCAUAAAAAAACAUAAAAGCAUGUUUACUAUAUGAUUACAGUGUGUAUUUUUCUUAUACAUUAUAUUUUUCUGUAGAAGCUCGAGCAGAAAAACUGCGCUUUGACCCACUGGUUCGCAUCACCUCACUGGAGCCCAGUCCUCAUGUGAGAGGUCAAGUCAGGCAUUGUAAAAACCAGCAGCGUGGCUCUGACGUGUGCAGGGAUAGCCGUAUGAUAUUACUGCAACUAAUAAAACUUCCUAGCAUUUUCUAUCUUUCUGAGCGCAGCUGUUGAAAAGUUGAUUGGCUGUCACUGGGUGAGCUGGGGUUUGUUUUUCACUCUGUUUUCUGUUCAGAGCAAAUGUAUUCCUACAUGUACAUACAGUUUAGAUCUUAGACAUGGACAUGGUCAGUUUUAUCAAAGCUUUAAACAUAGCAACUGGUACUGAAUAUUUUUCAGAUAUUAUUCAAACAGUAUAAAAGGAAGCUACCUACUGAUAUGCAGUGCCACGAUGGCAACAAACAAGCUAUCAUACCAUAGAUAGUAUCAUAAUAUCCACCAGUUUUCUUUCCUCUAUUGCUGUGAAACUUGUGCACUGUGCACUCCCUCAAUCUAGAUUUUGAACAGCAUGACGGCAAAGCACUGCAGGACAGGUUAAAACACGGGACUGAGCGCUAGAUAAAACUGACUUAAUGAUUUUCUUGUUUUUUCUCAAAUGAUCUAUGAUGCUCACACUAAAAUGCAUCAUGAUUUUGUAUUUUUAUACAGCUGACAUGAGCUCUUAUUUGUGUGGUAUACUAUUACUGUCAUAAUAAACAUGUUUUUGUACAGUU